CAAUUCAUCACACACUUCACACACAUUCGAACAAGAACAAAACCCUUCACCAAAACCCACCAAAAAUGGCAAGAACAAAGCAAACCGCCCGCAAAUCAACCGGAGGAAAAGCUCCAAGAAAGCAACUGGCAACAAAAGCCGCUCGGAAAUCAGCUCCGGCGACCGGAGGAGUGAAGAAGCCGCACAGAUUCAGGCCAGGAACAGUGGCACUAAGAGAGAUCCGAAAGUACCAGAAGAGUACGGAGCUAUUGAUCCGGAAACUUCCGUUUCAGAGGCUGGUGAGAGAAAUCGCUCAGGAUUUCAAAACGGAUCUGAGGUUUCAGAGCAGUGCGGUCGCUGCUUUACAAGAGGCGUCGGAAGCGUAUCUGGUAGGGUUGUUUGAAGAUACGAAUUUGUGUGCGAUUCAUGCUAAGAGGGUUACGAUUAUGCCUAAAGAUAUGCAGUUGGCUAGGAGGAUUAGAGGGGAAAGGGCUUAGGUUAAUUGAUGUGUGUGGCUAAAACUUUAGGAAGCUGUUAUUGUAUGGUGAUUUUAUCUUUUAAUGGAAGUUAAGUUGUUAUGUGCA